AUGCCUUGUCCAUCAGCCACAGUCAGCUGCGGGGGAUACUAGUGCUCGUUCAUCCUGUGUUUGGGAGCGCAGUGAAGAACGUGCUUCCACUGAGCAAUGGGGCACUGAUGUUCAGGCCUCUGGCAAAUGGCUGCUCUCCUGGGGAUAGCAGGGCUGGUCAUGCUGAUCUCAUAGCUACGGCUGUGUACGGCCCUUGAAUGCAUGGGAAUGCUGGUGAAUGUUUGUCCUGCCAAGAAAUAAAGCACGAAAAAAGGGAAUUAGAAAAGAAACAUUACAAACCAGAAGAGAUUUACCAUGGCUUCAUUUCAGCUUAGAGAAGUGUUAUUAAGGGGGACAAAAAUAAAUGUUAUUUUGAUAAUGAUGCAGCCACGACCAAAGAAAUGGGUUAAUUGCUCACACAGGGUUUAUAGCCAAUGUACCAGUUGUGAGAUCACUUCAGCAAUCACCGAAACAGCAUUAAGCUUGGUGGUUGCUGAACUAUUUCCGGUAGCAGCUCCUGGAUUGAUCUACAUCUUUAAUGUGUAGAAAUGUAUGGACAAGAUGAGAGUCCUGGGGAUUUGGCACAGCUCUGGGUGUCUGUCGUUCCUUCUCCACCAGUGCCAUUUCACUGCUUGGCCGAGCGCACCUCCCCAGGGCAGGGCAGAGCAGCAGCUCUCCUCGCUCCUCUGGCCCUACUCCUGCCCCAGAGGCAGCUCGCGGAGCCUGAGGGAUUUGAGGGAGUGGAGCCUGGAGGAGCUCCCCCAAAUACUAGUUAAAUUGGGAACUUGGUUCACUUUGAAGUUUCAAGCCUGAAUAAAUCUCUGUCUCAGCAAAGAGUGCUACAGGUUUGUACCUGAAAAGAGACGUUACACAGAUCUGUCCAGCCUUUCAAGUACCUAACAGAUCAGCACCUCACUGUAGAAAUGCGAAUGCUUGUGAGCAUGAAAGGUUUUUUUCGGAAUGACCUAUUCCAAAAAACAUCUCAGGUUUACAAUAACAUAGGUCCAUGUAAGAAGGUAAAAACAUAACCUUUUUUUACUCUUUUUUGUGACUACCACUUUUAUUGAAUAUCCUGCCUCACCUUUAGAAAUGAUCUUUCUGCUGAAACAUUGUGCUGUAGGUGUUAGAGCUCUCUACACAAAAAUUAGCUGUUUACUCAGGGAGAUACAGAUGUAGAAAAUAGGGUGCCUAACUUAAUCUCUGUGCCUCAUGGUAGGAUUCGAUUAUGACGUUCAUUUCCAGCUGAUGUUUGUCUAAAGAUGUCCAGCGAUAGAGUUUCUUUCCUAUUCCAUUGCCUCCCUAGCCUCAGCAUUGAAAACGUUCUCUAAUAUCUAACCUGAAUUUUACCUGUCAUCAUCUUGUGCUUCUAGUCACAGCCCAAUGGACUUAGAAAACGUGUGAAAGCCUUAACAUGAGUUCUAAGAUCGCACUUCUGCAUAUGCCUUCCCUCAACUUGGUUUGAGGAGUUUCCACUCUGGUGGUUCUUAGGCUUUUCCUUCGCUGUGUGCUAACCUCUCAUCAUUUGCUCCAUGUCUUUCUUAAGUGCAAUAUGUGAACUGGACACAGUGCAUGUGACUGGAGGCUUUAUCAGCGCUGUGCAGGGCGGAAAGAUUACUUCCUUGUGUCUUGCAGUGGAUGCCAGCUUUCAGCUGGCCCGGGGUACCUUUUUCACAAGUGCACGACGUUAUUUACUCCUCUGCAGUUCAUGGCCCGCCAGAACCCCAGGUCCUUUUCGGCAGAACAGAUACCUAACCAGUUAGUAAUUGAUUAUUAAUAACUUGUAAUUUGCAGUUUGUAGUGCCUAAAUGUAGUUAAGAGCUUGUCCAUACAGAAUUGUGCCCAAUUUUCACCAACUUGUUACGAACUUGAAUAAUUCUUAUCCUAUCUGCCAAAGCACUCUCCUAUCCCAGCUUGCCACCUUCACAUCUAGUUUGUUUGCAGGCCAGGUUUCUAAUGAAAAAUAAAUCAUUAGCCUUCUCACCCUUCCUAUAAGUUGGUUACAAAUAGCCGCACUUUCUGUAGGGUUUUCUCUAGGCCCCAUGGAUGGUUUCCACUGCUUGUCCUGGUUGGGAGCCUGUGUUAUCCAAACCACAGAGAUCACAGCUCUCAGCACGUGUUUAGAAAGCUGGUCUUGCUCUAUAUCGGUAACUUCUCAAAAUACCACUGGUUUCCACAUGGCAGGAUCAUUGGACAAGAUGAUGCAGAGUCUGACAACAUCAGGAUUUGAUUUUCUAGGGGGAAGAACAACUUGGGAUGUUGGCACUGGUCAGUUGGUAGUUGUCUGUAGGUUAUUUCUUUGCAGUCUAUGUUUAAACAUUCUGGCUCUUGCGAAGUUAUUGGAGAAUUAUCAGAUUAUGGUAUAUAACUGUCAAUAAAUAAAGUAAAACUGUGUGCUAGAACAGAGCCUUCCACCCUGUGGUUAAAUCUGUAGUUCCCUUUUUCAAUGCAUGCUUGUCUAACUUAUCAUCUGCUAUCAUUUCUGAAGUACCUAUCGCAUUUGUACUUAAAAGACAGCAGUUAUAAAAGAAACCCACAGGGAGAUGACCCAGAGGACGUUUGAACAAACAGAGCAGGCUCUUCACGGAACUUUUGAGACUCCACAGCUCUCAGCAUCUGAUGUAAAAUGGUGGCAAGCCACGUACACUGAUACGCAGUCUUUCUCAUUGACCGUCUAAACAUUAUGGCCAGCAUGAUGAGAAUUUGUCCGAUCCUCCUUUGGACAAUGAUCGUGGUUCAGCCACACGUACCUCAAGGUAAAGCAGUUCAGGUUUUCCCACCUGUUAACUUUACCCUUACGGUCUCUGCAUUAGCACGAGUACUUCUACGCUGGAAGCCAAACCCUAAUCAAGAACAAAAAAACUACACUAUUAGAUACGAUGUGAAAAUCUUAGCUCCUGUGUCUGAAGAGUAUGAUACAAAGAAGACUUACAGUUUCCAAACAGCUGCACUUCACAAUGGUUUCUCUGCACACGUUCGGACGUUACUUUUCCAUAAUGGCCUUCAGAUGACAAGUGACUGGGUGACAGCAGAACUCCAGCCUCCACCAGGUGCUGCAAAUACAGCUGUCACUAACUUGUCCUGUGCUACUCAUUUCACCAUUUUUAGUACUGUUUCUCUCCACUGCACUUGGCUUCCUGGCAAAGGGGCACCAGAAGAUACCAAGUACUUUCUAUUUUACAGGUAUGAGACCUGCACUGAAGAAUGUCAAGAUUAUAUCAAAGACAAGUGGAACAGGAAUAUAGAGUGCAGAUUUUCAGUGACUCAUAUUACUCCUGAUGAGAUUGAUAAACUCAUUGUGAUACAUAUUAAUGGAUCUAGCAAGUAUGCUGCAAUCAGACCUUUUCAGCAGUUAUUUAACCAAAACGCCAUAGAAAAAGUGAAUGUUCCCAGAAAUGUCACUGUAUUCUUAGAGCAAAAUGAUCUCUUGGCCACAUGGGAGAAGCCAAUUUCUCCUUUCUCUAAAGGGUGUUUUGAAUAUGAAUUUUACCUCAUCAACUUGAAGUCAGGUAACAAGCAGACAUUGAAAAUAUACUCAAAUGACGUCAGAUUAUGGAUUGAUGUCACCUGCAAGUAUUCCAUACAAAUAAGAGCUAACCAUCAUCUAUGUUGUAGAAGAGGAUUUUGGAGUGACUGGAGUGAAAUUCUUUAUGUUGGAGAAAACAAACAGGAGAAUUUCAUAGCCUGGAUUCUGGCUGUGCUCUGUGUGUCCAUGUGUGCUACAAUCGUGCUUGUUGGUAUAAUAUGCAAAAUGAAAUUUGUAUGGAGUAAACUGUUUCCGCCAAUUCCGACACCCAGCAACAAGUUCAGAGAUCCCUUUCCAAAUGAGUAUGAGAGAGCGCGCACCUGCACCAGCGAGACAGAGACGGAGCUCGGCAGCUUCGACGAAGAUCUCUCCUGCAGCGCCCUGGACGACUUUGUCUUCUGAGGCAGUGCAGCCUUGCGCAGCAGGGCCAUGCCACAUCUUGGGGCACCCUACGUGGGGAUGACCCCCACAGAAAGUCAUGGUGUAAGCAGGGUGUAAGUGCACGGAACUAGUACCAUGGUUCUUGCAUGAAAAAAAAAUCCUGGAAAAGAGCUGGUGGCUUUUUUUGGUAGGCAGCUUAGUCUUUUGGAUUUUUUUUUUUGUUUUAAAUACUUCUGACAACUUAAGCAUAUAAAAUGCAAAUUGGGAUUUUUGUGUAGCUGUAAGGUACAUGGUACCGGUGCAGGCAGUAAGGUACAUGGCUGGGCAACUGGCAACUGUUCUGGGAAAUAGCCAUGAAACCCUGCAGAAAACUGACAGGCAGCUCCCUGAAAAA